GGCUCAGCACACCUUCAGAUGUAACAGCAGCACGUCGAUCAACACAGCCACGCCACCGUCUGUACCGCGGAUCCGCAGGUUUUUCUUCAGCGGGACAGGUGACAGAGCAGACCGACCGAGACCCAGCCGCCUCAACGUCCAUCUGAGGAAAUUACUGCUGUUUCACACUCCGCCGCCCCCUCUCCCCCGCACACCUUCCGAUUGCCACAAUAGAUGUUACUCAACUACAUGCAUUUCGAUCGGAUCAUUUAAGCCCAGUCCACCAAGAUGGAAAAUGCGCACACUAAAUCGGCGACUGAAGUUUUAGACAACUUCGGUGUGAACGAAAACACUGGGCUGACUCUGGAACAAGUCAAAAGCAAUUUUGAGAAAUAUGGACCGAACGAGCUACCAGCUGAAGAAGGAAAGUCCCUGUGGGAGCUGGUUCUGGAGCAGUUUGAAGACCUCCUGGUCAGGAUCCUGCUGCUCGCCGCCUGUGUCUCCUUUGUGUUGGCUCUGUUUGAGGAGGGAGAGGAGACAACCACCGCCUUUGUUGAGCCUAUCGUUAUUCUUCUUAUCCUCAUCGCCAACGCUGUCAUCGGGGUCUGGCAGGAGAGGAAUGCUGAGAAUGCCAUUGAGGCUCUGAAAGAGUAUGAACCAGAGAUGGGGAAGGUGUACCGCAUGAACCGCAAGGCUGUCCAGAGGAUCAAAGCCAGAGACAUCGUCCCAGGAGACAUAGUGGAGGUGGCAGUUGGUGACAAGGUGCCUGCUGACAUCAGAGUGACCUCUAUAAAGUCCACCACCCUGCGAGUGGAUCAGUCCAUCCUCACAGGGGAGUCUGUAUCCAUCAUCAAACACACUGACCCUGUUCCUGACCCCAGAGCUGUCAACCAAGAUAAAAAGAACAUGCUGUUUUCUGGCACAAACAUUGCUGCAGGCCGCGCCAUAGGUGUUGUCGUUGCUACUGGCGUUGCCACAGAGAUCGGAAAGAUCCGUAAUCAGAUGGCAUCUACAGAGCAAGAGAAAACGCCGCUGCAGCAGAAGCUAGACGAGUUCGGCCAGCAGCUCUCCAAGGUGAUCUCCCUGAUCUGCGUGGCUGUGUGGGUCAUCAACAUUGGCCACUUCGGAGACCCCGUCCACGGUGGCUCUUGGGUCAGGGGGGCUAUCUAUUACUUUAAGAUCGCCGUGGCCCUGGCUGUAGCGGCCAUCCCCGAGGGCCUGCCUGCUGUCAUCACCACCUGCCUCGCCCUCGGCACGCGUCGCAUGGCCAAGAAGAAUGCCAUCGUUCGCAGCCUGCCCUCAGUAGAGACCCUGGGCUGUACCUCUGUGAUCUGCUCUGACAAGACGGGCACCCUCACCACCAACCAAAUGUCUGUGUGCAGGAUGUUUGUUGCAGACAAGGUGGAAGAUUCAACCUGCACCCUUCAUGAGUUCUCUAUAACUGGUUCUACAUAUGCCCCAGAGGGACAAAUACUGAAAGGAGACAGGCCCGUCCAGUGUGGAGACUAUGAUGGACUUUUGGAGUUGGCCACUGUGUGCUCUAUGUGCAAUGACUCUUCAUUAGACUACAAUGAGGCCAAAGGGGUUUAUGAGAAGGUGGGUGAAGCCACCGAGACGGCUCUGACCACUUUGGUGGAGAAGAUGAACGUCUUCAAGACGGACCUGUCUGGACUCAGCAAGGUGGAGCGUGCCGGUUCCUGCAACUCGGUGAUCAGGCAGUUGAUGAAGAAGGAGUUCACUCUGGAGUUCUCUCGUGACCGGAAGUCCAUGUCUGUCUACUGCACCCCUGUAAAGCCCGGUUCCCAGAGCAAGAUGUUCAUCAAGGGCGCUCCAGAGAGUGUGAUUGAGCGGUGCCACUACCUGCGGGUGGGGACAGGCAAGGUGGCACUGACACCAGCCGUGCGUGACCAGCUGAUGUCUAAGAUCAGGGACUGGGGGACAGGCAGGGACACCCUGCGCUGCCUGGCGCUGGCCACUCAUGACACCCCGCCACGCAAAGAGGACAUGGACUUGGAGAAUUCCCACAAGUUUGCACAGUAUGAGUUGGGUCUCACGUUUGUUGGCUGUGUGGGCAUGCUCGACCCACCCAGGAAGGAGGUGAUCGGUUCAGUGAAACUGUGCAACGAGGCAGGUAUACGUGUUAUCAUGAUCACAGGAGACAACAAGGGCACAGCUGUGGCCAUCUGCAGACGAAUUGGCAUCUUUGGCGAGGAUGAGGACGUGACAGGAAAGGCCUACACGGGCCGUGAGUUCGAUGAUCUCCCGCCGGAGGCCCAGAGAGAAGCCGUAAAACGGGCGCGAUGCUUCGCCCGCGUCGAGCCAGCUCACAAGUCCAAGAUUGUUGGAUAUUUGCAGUCAUUCGAUGAGAUUACUGCCAUGACAGGAGAUGGUGUGAAUGAUGCCCCGGCCCUGAAGAAAGCAGAGAUUGGCAUCGCCAUGGGCUCCGGCACAGCAGUGGCCAAGUCAGCAUCUGAGAUGGUGCUGUCUGAUGAUAACUUCUCCACCAUAGUGGCUGCCGUGGAGGAGGGCAGAGCCAUCUACAACAACAUGAAGCAGUUCAUCAGAUACCUCAUCUCCUCUAAUGUGGGAGAAGUAGUCUGCAUCUUCCUGACAGCCAUCCUGGGUCUCCCUGAGGCUUUAAUUCCAGUCCAGCUGCUGUGGGUUAAUCUGGUGACCGAUGGCCUGCCUGCCACUGCCUUGGGCUUUAACCCCCCGGACCUGGACAUCAUGGACAAACCUCCCCGCAACCCUAAGGAGCCACUCAUCUCUGGCUGGCUCUUCUUCAGAUAUCUGGCCAUUGGAGGAUAUGUGGGUCUUGGAACAGUGGGUGCUGCCACAUGGUGGUACCUUUUUGAUGAAGAAGGCCCACAAGUGUCUUUCUAUCAGCUGAGACACUUCAUGCAGUGUACUGAGGACAACCCCAUGUUCGAGAACAUAGACUGUGAGGUGUUUGAAUCCCGCUACCCCACAACCAUGGCCCUGUCUGUGCUGGUGACUAUCGAAAUGUUCAACGCACUGAACAGUUUGUCUGAGAACCAGUCCCUGGUCAGGAUGCCUCCCUGGGUCAAUGUUUGGCUGCUGGGAGCCAUCAUCCUCUCCCUCUCCCUCCACUUCUUAAUCCUCCACGUUGAGCCUCUGCCGCUGAUCUUCCAGGUGACCCCUCUGCGCUGGUGCCAGUGGAUCAUGGUCCUGAAGAUUUCCAUCCCGGUCAUCCUCCUGGAUGAGGCACUGAAAUAUGUGUCCAGGAAUCAUCUAGAAGGUGAUGAGGAGAAGAAAUAUCGGAGGAGAUGGCAGCUGAACUAAGACCUCUCCCUCAACACACUCACACACUUAGACAAACACCUACCCUCUUCCCUUUAUGAGCUAGGAACCUUUUCUCUCCCCUGUCCUCAUUCCCCACUCCUGCAUGUCCAACAAACCACCACUAGAAAUGAGCAGGGCUUGCAUGAGAGUGUGCAAGAAAGAGAGCAUGCGAGCAUGGCUUUGUACGAGUUUGUGUGUAAAUGAGCAUUGCGCGCGCGCGUGUGUGUGUGUGUGUGUGUGUGUGUGUGCGUGAAGAGGCAGAUGCAGGCCUGUCCUUAUAGUUGCAAGAGCGAGAAACAACUGCAGAAGAGAAAAAAAUAAGAAGAUAAAACUGCCCAGGGCUCUGCUUUUUAAAGAUUUCUGCUCAUUGGUUUUUUGACUGUACAGUACAAACAUAGUGGUGCAAUAACUGGAUUUUGGGGAGAGAAGGAGAGCGAGGACAGGGGAACG